AUGGACCUCCCGCAGGAGCAGGACGUACCGGCCGAACCGGCCCCGCGGCUGGCCAAGGGCAAGUUAUACGCCACGGAGAACCACUGGACCAUCCACCGCGAAAUCAUCACGCGGCUCUAUCGGGACGAGAACAAGUCCCUGAAGGAGGUGAAGAAGAUCAUGGAGGGCGAGUACUUCUUCUACGCGACUGACAGGAUGUACAAGACGCGCAUCAAGCGCUGGGGCCUCGACAAGAAAUUCAAGGAGGCCGAGGUCCUCGCCAUCCUCCAGCUCAAGAGGGAGCGCGACAGGCUCGGCAAGAAGUCCCGCUUCGCCAUCCGCGACCAGGACGUCGCCUGGGACCGCGUGCUGUACUACAUCAAGCGCCGGCCCGACCUGCAGAGACACCUGGGCUUCGCCGCGCACGAGCGGGACGUCGUCGACUGGGACCGCGUGGCGGCGUACCUCGCGCGAAGACCGGAGCUGCGGGGCGACCUCGCCGCCGCCGACGCCGAAAUCACGACCCGCACCCCGCCUCCCUCGCCGCCGCCGCCGCCGCCGCGUCUGUUCCAGCCCGCGACGGGCCUGCGCUUCGCGGACGAGAUCGUGCGGAUGCUCCGCGACUUCCUGCACGGGGUCUUCGAGGCGCGGCACUGGACCGUGGUCGACGACGGCGGCGCGCUGCUCUGCUCGCGCGGCAAGGUCGCGUGCCGCGGGGAGCUGGCGGCGUGGUGCGGGAUCAUGGGCGGCGUGUACGACCUCUUCCGCGGGGGCCGGGUCGGGGCGGCGGUCGGGGUGUUGCACGGCCGGUUCGACGAGCUCGCGUGGAUCAUCCGGGACCUCGACCCCGAGCUGUCGUUUUUCCACUGCUACAUCGUCCUGGGCCAGCCCGCGCCCAUCUCGGAUCUCUUGUUGCGGUACGUGUGCCGGAUGUACGCCGCGGUGCUGGGGGCGCGGCAUCCCCUGACGCUGAUCUGGAAGAGGGUGUGGGGGGUGGGCGCGGAGGACCGGGUGCAUAUCCUGAGUGCCGUGGUUGGGUAUAGUGCGCGGUUUCUGGAGGAGAGGGUCGGGUUGUUGAAUGUGACGCUGAAUUGGAUUCACGGGUUGCAGGGACAGCUUUUGCAGAGUACGGGGGAGGCGCGUGGGAAUGAUUUUGAGAGGUUGUUGAAGGGGUAUGAGGGGGCCGCGGGGGAUUAUCUGGAUAGGGGACUGAGGAAGGAGGGGUGUAAGUGCUUGUUUGAGCUUGCUGGGCUUUAUAUCACUGCGGAACGGUUUGAGGAGGCAAAGGCUGUGCUUGAUAGGGCUGACGAGGUAAUUUUUGAAACGGAGAUGAGCGGAUGCCUUGGGGGAGAGGAGGUGCGGAUGUGGUCGUAUGGGAACAUGGGCCAGAUGAAUUACGAGAUGGUGACGUUGGGCAGUUUGAGGAGCGAAGUUACCGCGAGAUACGAGGCUGCCGUGAAGAGCGAGGAGACGCAGAGGAUAGAUUCCUGGUCGUUGACAAUACCCAGUUGA